AUGUCCGGUGUAGGGACGACCCAGAGCGCUAUCGCGGUGGGCGUUUCCUUCCCGAUCAUCGACGGAAUCGCUGUCUGUCUGCGCUUCUACACGCGCCGGAAGCUGGAUACGAAGAACCAGCUGGAUGACUGGCUUUGCAUUCCGGCAUGGUUUUGUUUAACAGGCUGCUGCGCUGCACUCCUCGCAGGAGUUUAUAAGGGUGCCUUUACCGACGUGCUGUCCCCUGAUAAAGAGCGCAUCCUGGCGCAAGUCACGGGUGCGCUUACGAUCCUCUGGAUGAGCGCCAACUUCCUCAUAAAGUUGAUCAUGUUAUACUUCUACCGUCGUAUCUUUGUCGGCACCAUCUUCAACAUAUGUAAUUGGGCCCUUGUCGGGCUUUCAGUUCUGUGGAUCAUUUACGCCGUCAUCUCUUGGCUUUUCUAUUGCGGUACGAACUUCGAAGCAAACUUCGAGGGCGGCUGGUCUGUCUGCCCAUUAUGGGGGUUUCAAGUCCAGAUGGGUGUGUUUGCCUUGGACAGCUUUAUUGAUUUCAUCUUGGUGAUACUGCCUAUCCCGUUUGUAUGGCGCCUUCAUCUAGACAUCAAGCGCAGAAUAGCAGUCAUCGUAGUCUUCCUCUUAGGGGGCUUCGCAUUCGUUGCCGGCCUAAUAAACACCAUCAUCCAGAUCAUCAACCUCACCCAGCCGGAACUUGCUGCUGCCAGUGUAACCCCCCUAGUAUUUUUCAAUUGGCCCACCAUCGAGAUCGGCGUCGGCCUCCUCGCAUCCAACCUCCCACACCUCUCCUUCCGGCUCGGCCGUGCCAUCAAGCAGUCCAUGCCACGCGCCCUGUGCGACGCGAUCGACUCGUUCCGGCACACAGCACUAUCGCUGUCAUCAGGAGGACAUCACAACAAGCACCCCUACGAUCCGAGGAGCACACCGCAGGCCGCCGACUUGGGGGAGGCGCUCGAGGGAAAAUCCGAAAGCCGGCAGGGAUUACGACCCUGUUCGAUAGUGGGAAAGUGGUCAGGAGAAGAGGGGCCGAAGAAAUCGAUGGCGCAGGGCCCGAGUUGGAGUAUGGAGGUUGUUGAGUUGCAGGAUAUGGGGCCGAGGAGGACGGGGGAUGAUGCGGUGUAA